UAUAAAAUUGGAAACUCAAUUAUAUUCAACAUUCUGCAACAGAUCAGUAAUAAUCUAACUCAAGCCAGACUACUAUAACUAAGCUAGCAGGUAUCUACAACUAUCAAAGAUCUAGCGCAAUAUCAUGAUUCCAGAUAAAUUGCAGAAACGAACAAUCUUAGGGAUUCAAAAUUUCACCUCCAGUAACGGAGGAUCACGAUGAGAUGAAUGUAACAAACUUCAUCUUAAGAGAUGAACGAACAUUUGUACAGUACUUGUAUAAAUAUCUAGUGAACCGGUUUAUAAUAACAUAACCGGUAUUUAAUCCAAUUCUUGAUACAGGCAUAGCCGGGGCCCUUGGGCCAAGCCAAUCAAGCAGUCGCUUCCAACAGACAUAUUUACAAAUAUUUAUUCGGCAACUUAGUCAUAAUAUUAUUGGUGUUUUUAAGGUUAAGUGCUUAUAAUAAUUAGUGGCCUGUUCCGUGUUCGAAUAUCCUGCGUUGCAAUAAUAUGUUUUUUAAUAUAUUUUACAAUAAGGUUAAUUGAAGUAAACUAAAAAGGAAAUUUUGGUUAUACCUAUACUAAUCACCUUUUUUUCUGUUACUGUUGAACAUUGAAACUCUAAACAUAUCCUUAAUUGAUAUCAUUUUCCUAAUUUCUAUUACUUGAAUCAUAGAUUAUUUUUUUCUGAAAUUGUAGACUGAAUUGUCAUCUUUUCUUCUUCUUGAUCCAUCGUGGUAAUUUCUUUUUUCUUUUUGAAUUUUUUUAAAUUUACUCAUCUUAAAAAAAAAAAUUUGUACACAAAACUACUAUGUUUCUUUAAUAAACAGAAAAUUCAAACUUUGCUCAUAUACUUAUUCUCUUCCAAACUAAACCUCCAUUGUCUUUUCAUACUUAGUUCCAUUCUUUUUUUUCUAAGAGAAGUUAUUCUGUUUCUCACCAGUUUAUCCAUUCUAACAAUAAGGCAAGUAACUGGCUGCUCUGGUUCCCCAAUUCUUCUGACGUUCCUCUCCAUCCAUAAUGCAUGUAUUACUGCUUGAAAACAGUAUCUCAACAGAAAAGUCGAAUGUCUCUCUUGCAUUUCAUUCACCACUACUUACAACACUCGAUUCAUUACCAGCCAGUUUUCCAAUAGUCCUACUCCACACUUCUCGUUUCUUGCUCCUGCUUACAAAGCCAACAAGUAGAGAUGGCUAAUGGAUUCCAUCUGAUAAUCUUGUCUCCCGUCGCUAGUCAAUUACGAACAGCGAGCCAAGAAAGAAAGGCGAACCUCGGAGUGGCCUCUGGAUACCAAAUGCCUUUGCUCCACUGCACUUUAGAUGAACGAGAUCUAAUGAGAUUCCAAGUUUGAGAGGUGACAAACCCCGGCUUGAAAUCCCCAUUUUCCCUCUUCCAUAGACACACAUCCUCCAUCAUAUUCAUACCACUACUUUUCAACUUCAAUACUUCUUGCUCAAUCUGACGAAAUACAGGAACUCUAUGCAUUCUGCUCCUAUACAUCUUUAUUGCUCUCUCCACUGUAGUGUGCAGCGAAAUACCCAGAGCUAAGCAUCCACCUUCUCCUAUUAGAUCAAUUAGUUUUCCCAAAGGAGACCAAUUAUCUAACCAAAAAGAAGUUGUAGCACCACUAUUUAUCUUCACUUAAAUAAACUGAUAAACGAAUGGUCUCAACUUUAACAGUUUCUUCCACAUCCAAGAUCCCAAAGAAUUUCAUUAUUUCAUACUUCUGUUGUAGAAUUUUGUUUGUUACUUUUAAAACGUGUGAACUUCUUUCAGCUUUGUAGAGUUAAAUAAAUAUUUAGAGUUGAAGUUAUGUUGUUUCACAUAAUUCUUUUGGUUUCAUAUAUUUCCACAGAUAUCUCUAUCCAUGAUUAUUCUAACUCAAUCAAGUAUGUUGGGCGUGUCUAAUUUCCACUUCGCUUCGCAUAUGUAUAAUAUAAUAAACCUACUACAACGUUUGUAAAUAAUUUUGAAUUCAAUGAUAUACAAUAAUAUUAUAUGUUUGUGUUUGUGUUUUGGUAUUAGUAUAUAAAUUUCGAUCAUUUUCUUCUAUAUUUUUGAUUUUUUUUUUUGAAAAUGAAAAAUUACAAUCUUAUAGAUUUAUGUGGGAGUUAUAAAUUAGGCACAUUGACGGUUAAAGAUUAUGUUUAUAUAUAUUAGGAAUAUUUUGUGGAAAUAAAAAAGAUAGCGAGCAUUUAAAAUUUAUUAACCAUAUGUUAGUUUAAGAACACUGGUUAUAGUAACCAAAAUAUAUGUAUGGCUUAUAAAUUAAUCGUCUACUCAGUCUCUAACUUUAAACAAUAGUUUAGUCCACUGUUCGGAAACUCGUUGGGCGUUUCUUGUAUGCUCGGGUUACGCCUAGCUAUAACUUUUACGGUUUUUUAUGUUUUUGUGGCUAUAGAUUAUAAAUAUAUCUAUUGAAAUAUACUUAUUGAUAUACAAUAAAGAAAACUUGGCGUAGUGGCCAGGCCCUUAGGUUUCUAAGUUUGUGAGUUUUCGAGCUGGCCAGUUUGCAUUUUUGCAUUUUUGCAUGUUUAAUAAUUUUAUCUUUAAUGAAAGGUGUUUACAUCAUUUAUAAUUACUGGUCGUUUUCUCCCUUAGGUUUCUAAGUUUUAUGUGUUUUAAAUUCGACGGCUGCAUGGUUUUCCACGAGUUUUACACCAUUUUUCUUCGUUUUUGGCUGAUAUCGUGAAAACUUCAUGAAUCUUCCGUCUAUUGUUUGAUUAUAAGCUGAACUUAGUUAAAAAAUAGUAAUAAGUUUUAAGGAAUUCUCGAUUUUUUGAGCGAAUCACUCUAAUUUGACACGGUAAGAUAUUAAGGUAUCUAUCACGUAAAGCUUGAUCUUUAAAAAUAUAGACAAAACAAAAGAUCUGAUCUUUAGAAAUCACUGAAGAUUUCACUAUGUUAAGGAAAAAUCAGAAAAAGUUUAGUUUUUUCUCUAUGUGAUAUUUAGAAGAGAGAGAAAAAAAAAACCACGGUUUGAUGAGAGAUAAAUUAUUAAAAUAUUAUUUAUGAAUGAUUUAAAUCUCAAUGACAUGCAUACGAUUGUAACUUUUAAGGAAAACUUAGAGUUAAGUAAUAAUUGUACUUUAAUUUUAAUAGAUUAGAUUAGAAGGUUAGAAUAGGGUUAACAUUAAUAUUUAUUCUAGGUGUAGGAAAAUCCAUAAAAUAAUUUUGAAGGGACAAUAGAUGAGUCAUUUUAUUCCUUUUUUGCAAAGUUCCUUUAAGACUCUCUCUUAAUUUUUAACUUGUUUAUGUUUUUCUUCUCUGAACUACUGUUUCUGAAUAAUAUCACCAAAUUUAUAUCUGUGUAAAUUGUUUAAACUUGCCAAUUUUUUAAACUAAAAUAUGUACAUUUGAAUCAUCACAAACAAGUGUUUGAAUAACUGAAACCCGAUAUAGAACUGAAUCCGAAGUUGAACGGAUUCGACUGAGUUUUUAGUGUGUUAUAUCCAAACUAAACCCAAAAAUACAAACCAAUCUUUAAUAUACCACUAAACAACUGAAACCCGAUUGAACCCAUAUCAAAUCCGGUUAGAUACAUACCCAAACUCCCAAACCUAUAUACUCUCUUCCACAUUUUGACUGUUUUUUUAUUUUAUUUCUUAAAAUCGAUCGGCGAAGAAUUAAAGCGCCAAUUUCAAAAUAGCUCCUUCUUCGCCGUCGUCGUCUCCGUUGCAGCAUUCUCACAAGUCACAUCCACUAAGAAUCCCCCCCGAAAGAGUACGAUGCGAGGUCGAUUUCUCAACAUCGACUACUUCUCUACUCCGCCUUCUCAGGUUUACGAAGCCCUAGGCUUCCUCAAUCUCCCAGCUCCCGAUGAUUUCCCGGCUCCUCUCUUCCGCGACCCGAGAGAAGAGUUUCUUCGAUUCGAACCUAUCGAAGGCUUCUCUCUCCCGAUCGAUAAUCUCCCUAUCGGAGAUGCGUUGUCGAAGUUCCUCUCCGACGUGGUUCCCGAUCGCGUCACCGUCGACUACGGAGCUUUCGAGAUGGAUUACUCUUCCCUCGGAGACGAGCUGAGGUUUAUUCUCGGCCGUGGAGAUCCUCAGUUCCUCGAGAAGAGUGAAGGAGAGGCCACUGAGGAGAAAGUUACACUAGAUUUGAACAUUGUUCAGCUGGAGACUCCAGAGAUGGAUUUAGAAAUGGAGAAUAAGCUCUCAUCCAAUAUCGAGGAUCUACAAUGUCUCUCUAAAGUUCUAGAGAUCGAAAAUGAGCCGGUUAAGUUCGAGGAGUCAGAUGUUAUCCUACAGAACUCAAGCGACAUCAAACAAAAGAUUUAUUCUGUUGAUUGCAUUUCUUCUGAUUACUUCACAGAGAACAGUACUUCGGUGAAAGAAGAUGAAUGCUUCCGCAAGAAUCGACCAUGGUUCAGAGAUGCUGUAUUUCCCCUUCUUGAAGUGGAUGAAGUAAACUUGAACGAACUAUCAAGCUUGUCUAUGCUUGAUAAAAUAUUUUCUGUUCUCGAAACGAUUGAGCCCAGAGAUUUGGAUACAGAGAGUUCUCUCGUUAUCAACCCUAAGGAGCUUAUAGGCUCUAAGGAUUAUGAUCUAUUGGAUAUCCUCUCCACGGAUUGCUAUUCAAACAAGAGUGUCCAGUCUGAUGUGGUACCAGAGGAAAUUGAUAUAGUGACUAUCUUGGAAAUACCAAAUCCUGAGGAAAGCUUUCAGUUUGAACAGGGGAAGCUGGCUGUUGAUGUGGUCUCGGUAGAUUUUGAGGAAGUUCAGAUCUUGGAUGUGGAGAUAUCUGAUGUUUUUGGUAGCUUCCUUUCUCUUCCACAAGCCGCUGAGCCAGAAAUAUGUCCCGGGAUGUUCAGUGAAGAGAUGAACUUCAAGAAUUUCGAUGAGUUAGUUGUCAGUUCUGAACUUGCCUUCGCAGAUGAUGCCUUUAAGUCUAUGCCUACUCCUAUCUUAAAUGAUUAUGAGAUAACAAGAUCUCUGGAACUCAUUUAUGAGAAUUAUUUGUCAAAGAUCAAGCCUCAAGAGUUUCCGGCAUCAAAUGACAUAUACUUGCCGUUGAACCUUCUUGAGGAGACAAAGCACAACCAUGAAGCCCAUUUUUGUGAUUAUCUGUCUGAAGAAAUAGUUACAUGCAACAUUGAUUAUGAUUUGGAAUCUUUAGAAGGAGAUAGAUGGGUUUAUGAUUUCGUGCUCUCUGAAGAUGUUUUCUGCGAGCCACUUGUAGAGAGAUGCACUGAACCUUUUUAUGGUAUAUCUACCCUUGAUGAGCACCCUCCAGUCAAUACUUCUCAUGGGUUAUUGGAACGCCUUUGUCCAGAAACAGGCUCCCGGGAUUGUGGAAGGGAUGAUUAUGCUAAAAAGGCUGCCCUGGUGUUCAAAUCAAUGUCUGCUUUUGAUGACUUAACUUUUUUCAUGGAUCCUCAGAAAGCUGUGAUUGAAGAGAAUCUUGAGUCUAGAGUCGAAGCUGCUAAGACUGCCAACCAUAAAAUUACGUCCACUGACUCAAAGGCUUCAUGUGUAUCUGCUGGCAUGCACCCAAGCUCGAAGACAGAGGAUAUGAAAGUUCACAGUGUUCGCCCUUCAGAAAAUAUUCUGGCCCUUGUUCGGGAUUUUGAGAAGAGCUAUUUAACUCUCGUGAAGGAUGAACAAGAGUUGAUUUCAACUUUGUCAGAAGAUAAACUGAAGUUACUCAGCAUUUCGAAAGGAAAGCUUAUCGACUGCAUACGAAAGGCAAAUGUCCACAAAACACCGUCAGCUGAUGAUAAGACCUUCACGUUUGCAUUGCUACUAGCAAUUAAACAGAUGUCAUGGUAUUUAUGUUUCUUUGGUAUCCGUGUGGCAUAUCUCUAUCUUAACAAGCUAUGUCGGAGCUCAAAUCCCAUGAAGCUAGGAUUGCACACGCUUUACUCUUCAUUUGAAUCAGAACACAUGUCAACUGAGAGAGACAUCACUAGAUCACAUCCAUCCCUAGCUGUUAUCCAGGGGAUUUUACAGUCAAAAGUUGUCCGUGGGAAUUCCAAAGCGUUACUUUUGGCGGAGAAAGUUUUUUGGUCCUCGCUGAAGAGGCUAUUGGUGUCCAUGGGGUUAUCUUACAAUGAGCUCAACAGUCCGUCCCCAAGUGGAAAUCAACUGAAUCUUAAUGAAGCAACAGCAUCUUGUUCCCUGCCAACCACAGACUGUCUGCUUGUCGCUUACGAGCGCAUUUCUCCAUCUUUUCCUGUGGAGAAUUUCAGCGUCAUUGUAGAAUAUGGAGGUCCAAAUGCAUCCCCCAGAGUCUCAUCUCCUUUAAAGUUGGACUCCUUUCCUUGCUUUCAUUUUAUAAAAGUGGAGCUGGAUAUGUCCAGUGCGUCCGGGCAACUCUCUGCAGGUGUUACAGUACCUUAUAGUCUCAAAAUGGUAAAGGGAGAUGAAUUUGAGAUGAAAACUGGGUGGUUGGAAGAAGUGUUGAACUUUGUUCCACUUGACAGUUUGUGUUCCGCUGAAUCUUCAGAAUCUACGAAGGAAUCUAAAUUUGACUCCGUGCCUCAAGAAUCUAGAAGAAAAAUUUGGAUAAAUGAGCAUGGAGUUCUCUCUGACCAAAGAGGUGUGAUUGUAGUGAACACAAAAACUGUUGACAAGGAGAUGAUAAUAUCCAGAAGAAGUACAUAUCAAAAGGUCUUGGCAAUGGAAAAAGAAGGAGUGCAAGUUGUGGAGCGCGAUUCCGAUCUACUUGUGGACCUGAUGUUAAGUCCUGCGAUUUGCCUAGUCUGGUAUGAUUGUGGAAAGGUUAGUAAAAAGUCGGAUGCAACUUUUGGUGCUUCCUCAAGCUCACUUUCAUGGAUUGGGGAUAUCGCAACCAAUGUUUUGACGUCAUUGAGUUUCGGUUUCAGCACCUGUGUUAUGGUUUUUGAGGGGGAACCCACUUGCCUGGCUACAGUAAUGGACUCUUCUGAUGAACUGUAUGCCGCAGCUGGCAGCUUGGGAAUCAAUUUACAGAUCUUUUGUUCAUCAUCAGCUGACUUAACUGAUGAGAUAAUACUGAGGUGUAUCAAAUCUUCUGUUAAAUCUUCACAAGUCCAUGCCAAAAUGCCUGAGUCAGAAUCUCUUGCAGAAUCAUUUCUCACCAAGUUUCCUUCCGUGAACCCGCUUACAGCUCAUGUAAUUCUGUCAUCUUCUAGAUCACUUCUCGAAUUCAUGAAGCUCCCACAUAGUAACAAGGUUCAAAUGUUGCAAAAGUACCAUGUACCUGAAGAGAGUGUUGAACUCUUCAGUUCAUUAUGCAGAUACGGUGCAAGGGAGGACUCCAAAUCUGUAAUGACAGACAGCGCUUCUUCUGUAUCUUCUGGAGCUGACUCAGACACCCACCAUCUCAAUGUCCAUUCUGAUUCGAAAAGGAAACAGUACAUUACUGGGAAAGAUGAGACUUAUAUGGAAGACUCGGUCCAUUGUGUUCCCUCGACAGAGUUUGCUGGUUCGAAGCGCAAGCCUUCAGGGGAUUUCCAACUUGAUGAUCCUUGGUCAUCUAGAGAUCAUGAGAUGUUUCAUUUUGACCCUGUCACUGAGUUCCCCGAUGCACGUCUCAAACCUUCUGGGAUCAUUCAUCCUAACGACUCUUGGCCAUCUAAAGAUCCUGAGAGGUUUGAGAACAAGUCAGGACCUGGUUCUUCAUCAAAGGACACGUUCUGGGAGACUGAUUUUGGAGUCGAGGAUAACCUUCCUGGAUUUGAAAGUUGGAGUUUCCCCGUUACAGAUGAAUCCAUGAGUCAGAACAGAGGACGCAAGUUUCCUGUGAUGGGGAAAGCUAACUUGCACGACACUAGAAACUCAGAGAACUUCAUGGGAGACUACAAAGGUGAAGUUAUCAACAUAGAGGAUAGUAAGUUUCUCGAGGAAGAUUUCCCUCUUUCUCCUGGUUACAACAGGUUCUCUCCAGUAGUUUCUGAUGUUGCUGAAGAUCCGAGAAAAUCAAAGUCUGCAAGGAAGUUAUCUUUCUCUGAACCUAUCCAGCCUAUCUUCCCAACAUCAGCUGAGAUUAACUUCAGUUCUGAGAGGCUACCCUCCGGAUCCACUACUCCUUGGCGUGGAUAUGUUGAUAAAUUCCCAGCAAAACGGCAACGGACUCUUCUGGAAGAAGUCUUAACACGGAGAUCUGCAGUUUCCACAACAGAUCAUCCAUUCCAAGAAGAGAUAUCACAUUUUGGUGGAUCUCCACUAUCAAACGCAAUCCGUUCUCCAGAUCCAGUACAAGGUUCUCCUUGGACUGUUGAUUUUCUCAACAGAGUCAGAGAAAGGAGUACAGAAAGGAAGCAGCAACUAUCUCUUCUUUCUCAUCUCACUCCCUCUACUCUGGAAACCCGAUGUGACCCAAAGAAACCUAAUAUCAAGAGGAAGAGUCCUUCCAUAAUAGAGUUUUUCAAGCAUAAAGGAGGCAACGCUCGUAGUAGCAGAGUUUCAGAAGAGAGAAAGCAGAAGCGGUUCAAGAAUUCUUCAGCCUCGCCACAAAACGAGAGAUUUGACUCGCUUCUUAGGUCGUAUACGCCAGUUGAUAAGCGAGCAAAACAGUCUCUAUCUUUCGCUGGGAAUGGAUCUGGAGGCCAAACAAAACUGGUCUGGAAGUAAUGAACAGUCAGAAAUUCAGUGUGGACCAAUCUUUAUCUUCCUGGUGGAGAAGAAUAUAUGUUACAUCGCGCUAUCUGAUUCUUCCUACCCAAGAAAGCUGCUGUUUCAUUACCUGCAGGAUCUUCGGAAGGAACUUGAUAAUUUUGGCGAGACAGCACUGAUCCAAACAACCUCAAAACCCUAUAGCUUCGUGAGGUUUAGUAAGAUCAUAGGGAGAAUAAGGAAGCAAUAUAUGGAUACGAGAACACAGGCUAACCUAUCGAAGUUGAAUG